CCACUUCCUUCAAAAACCAGAAGCCAAAAGAACCCUAUCUCCUCUGCCGCCGGCCAUGAGCAAGACCAUGUCCAACCCUAACGAUUGGGCUAAUCACUUCUACCACCACCACAACCAGCUCAACUUCUCUUCUGACGGUAAUAUCACCGCUGUCACCACCGCCUCUACCAUCACCUCCUCGGCCGCGGCCGAGCCCACCCCGAUCCAGCUAGCGGGCUCGAACCGCUGGGGAGGCCAUAAUUCCGUCGCUAAUAGUAGCAGCACUCUGAGCCGGCUGGAAGGCGGCCGGGUGUCGAAGCCGGCGAGGAAGCGGUCGAGGGCGUCGAGGAGGACGCCGACGACGUUGCUAAGCACGGACACGAGCAAUUUCCGCGCCAUGGUCCAGCAGUUCACCGGCGGUCCCGCGGGACCUUUCGUCACCGGAGGCCUUGGGUCGUCGCUAAAUGUUCCGUCACUGAAUGGUUUUAGCUUCGGGCUCGAGCAGCACCGCCAUCCGUUCGAUCGAAUGUCGAACAACGCAGCGCAGCCUCCUCCCGUCGCCACGGGAGGCGGCGGUGGAGGAGGAGGAGGAGGAGAAGGGUUGUUCCACCAGUUACAGUACCAAGAGUCGUCACAGUUCCACCAGUCGUCGCCAUUUCUGUUCUCGUUGGCAAAUGGGAGCAACAGCGACGAGAAUGCUAACAUCGACGGUGUCAACAGCGAUCUGUUGCUUCAGCGAGGGAUCGGGACGGAGGGCGGUGCGGCGCCGACGGAGGCUGCGCCACCGUCGGCGGGGUCUAAUGAGAACAGGAAUAGCGGAUUCAUGUACUGACGGAAGGGAGAAGUUAGGCAAGCUGACACCUUUUUUUUUUUGUCCUUUAGCAUCUUUCAUUGACCAAUGUAAAUGCCGUGUUACUUACACUUUCUCAUUUUCCCAUCAAGAAAUUAAUUAAAGGGCUGAUUUUUGCCCAAUUUUUUUUUUAAAUUAUUAGUUUCAGCUUCUAGAAGGUAGGCGGCUCUACGUGGUUUUUAAAUAUUUUAAUUAUGAUUUUGGCUUAUUUUUUGCUUUAUUUUAUGUUAUAUGCACAACAGAGAAUAAUAAUUUUUAGGUCAGCAUUCAUCAUGCAGAUGGGAAUUGAUUGAGAAUCUGUAAGAGUAAGCAGAAGUUGGCUACAUUCACUUAUUAAUUUUUUAAUAAAAUUAUAAGUUACACCUCAUUAAUUGCUCCAUUGUAUAUCCCAAAUAUGGUGAUGCCACAAAGAAUGAAUUGGAUAGAGAAUGCAUAUGCUUCUAUAUAUAUUGAUAGCAUUCUCUUCAACAUUGUCUGCUUUAAUUUGUGUUCCUUCAAUAAUAGAUAGAGUUAAAUACAUGGUCAUUCGGAUUCGGAUCACUAAUCAUAUAUAGAAGUAGUUCUAUAUGGUCACUCGGGUGUAAUCAACUCAAGCCAGUCAUUCUUUAUCUUCGGAAACCUCGAUAAUUAAGCGAUGGUCAACCUCAGAUUCAAUACCACUUCGAAUUUGAACGAAACCCUUUAACCUUAGUAUGCCUCAACAGUUUCUUUUUAUUACUAGCUAGUAGAAUAGCAGUAGUGCAUGGUUUAUCAUCGAUGGUAUUAGUUUUGGUUGGAAUCUCUUCCAACAGCAAGUGGGAACUCGGAACUAACAAAGAAUUGUUUUUUUGCAGGAUUUCAAAACUAAUCUUGUGUGCUCUUUUAAGGUAUUAGCUAGCUAGCUAGAGCGCCGUAUAUGUACAUAGGCCGGUGCGGCCGCUAGCACUUCAUUACUUGGCGCAAAGAAAGUGGUUCCUUCUCGUGUGUAAACCUGACAGCAAAUGGAUUUAUGUUUAUGAUUGGAGUUUGGAAGUAUAUGUAUGGAUCAUAUAUAUGGCAUAACUAAAACCCUAAGCUUUACUAGCUAGCUACGAACCAUAUAUAUGGAUAUUAUGAAUUAGAAUUGUUAGAGGUUGUAGUAGAAAAGUAAGCAAUAUUAAAGUUAUGGUUCAAUCGUUUUAUAUUGGUAAAAUUCGCCCAUCAAUUUAGACUUCAAUAAAUCUUUUUGAUCGAGCAACGAUUUUUUUAUUAUUGAUUGGAGGUAUGAACAACCAAAAUACAUCAGCCUACAGGCGAGGCUCGCAACACAAGCAACCAAUCAGAAAGAAAAGCCGAGCGCGGGCGGUGUCAAGGAUUUGAAUUGGAUCUGAUCUAUCUGGGGAAGCUGACCUCUAUAACAUUCAUCGCAGCAUCGCCUAUCUAAAUUCAGUGGAGGGUUUUCAAGUUCUUGCGUACCAAAGGGAUAGACGAGAUUGUGCUUCGAGAGAGCCAGUCCGCGACUCUAUUCUCUUCUCAAUACAUAUGAACUAUUCACAAACACCGAUUAAUUAGUAGCUAGUUUGUCGAGUUUCUCUCCAAAACAAAAGAUAUAUGAACUAUUAUAAUUUGCUUAAUUCGAUCUAGUCGUUCGUGAUCACCUCAAUCUUGAAUUCGUCGCCGCACAAACAUAGCACCAUUCUCACUCUCUACCGCUUGGCAAUGCCAGCUAAGCAAAAACACUCACAAAAAACCCCAUCGAAACUACGAGGAAACAACAUAAUUGAGUGAGAAAUGGAUUGGGAAGAGGGGGGUGAAUGUAUUAUGUAGGCGUGAAUCAUAUAUGCGGUCCUAGUCGGCCUAAAAAAGGGAUUAACAACAA